AUGCCAUGGAGGGGGGAAGCACCUUCAACGGCACUGCUGCUGGUGAUAGUGCUGCUGGCAUGCAGUCACUCCUCAGAUGCGUCGAUCCCGAUUGAGCCCAGAUGUGAUGAUUUUGAUGGCUGGGAACCAGCUCCCCACGUGGAGAGUGAUUUUGUGAGCAUUUUAAAACAUGGCAAGCAUAUGUGUGGGGGCUACCUUCUUCGUUCAUUCGAUUCACCCUUCUUUGUGGUGACAUCAGCACAUUGCGCUGAUGUUGCUGGCCGACAUUCGUCAGUGAAAAUCCAUGACAGUGAGGAAGGACAGGUUGUGAGGGUCGUGAAGACGUACAUCCACCCAAACUGGACUCUCCCUGGCGACUUUCAUUUCGAUGUCGCUCUUAUGCUGCUUCCAAAUAUGAAAUAUAAUCAGUUGGGAUAUUUUUAUCCAAUCCAGGGGUUUCCUCACGAUCAUUUCAGAGUGCUAGCGGUGCUCAGGCUUUCCCACCAAAUCGAACAGGCUCUUCUUUGUCCUUCCUGCACCCAUCACUGCCGUGAUUUGGGAAUGCAAUGUUCCUCAUUUGGUACGCUGGGGGACCCUGCUCAGCUGAGAGAUGUUGUUGGUGGGCCAGUACUGUCAUACAUUGACAGACGAUCUGGUUAUCCUCUUCUAUUAUAUCUCCAACUUCUUGGCAUCGUGUCCAACAUCAGCUCAACUGAAGAUGGAAGCAGUCUGGUGAAAUGGCAGAGCUUAAGGGAGAUCAAGCCGUGGAUAGAGGACGUUUUAUCUCAGGCCGAGGACAACACCACGAACACCACGGUACAGAUCAGCUCAAUUGUUUUCAGCACCAUUGUAGGCGCAUUGGGGAUGCUCAUCGUUGUAAAGCGGUGGUCUGUAUUUGCAAGGCCUGCGCCAGAACAGGCUGCAGCUCUGCACCCUGAGUCGCAGUGCCCCAAGUACAACCAGGAGAUGCUGGGAUUUCUGGCCAAGCAGCUAGCAAAAGUGAGCAACUUGAAGCCACCCAAAGGGGCAACCAAAAGCUCUGUAAAGGACCUCAAGCAUGCCCAGCAGGAUGGGGACAGGCUCCUUCGCAAGCAUAAGGGGCCUUUUGAUCUCAAGGCCUACUACACCUGUCAUGAGGUAAAGGAGUUAGUGAACAAGAUUUGUGAGACACUGUGGGAAGUUGUGCAAGACUGGCAAAAGGGUGAUGCCAUCAAUAUACAGAGAAACAUGCCAGAACCGUGCUUUGAGGAGGACAGGAAGCAUUUGCACAAACUGCUGGGGUACAUCCUCAACAUGCGCCAGAAAGAGACAGCCAAGGAUGUGCUUAUGGAGUGGAGGAAAAUGAAGCAGGAGUACAACGAUCAGAUGAAAGACCUGAAAAUGAUUGACGAACACGAGGUCAAGGUGGUGGCAGAGAGGGGAAGGGGCUCUGGCAGCAUUGUCUAUGAGGGCUUGUUAGGUAGUGUGCCAGUUGCUGUGAAGAAGUGCAGGAUCCCCGAUUCGAUCGAACAGGACAUUGAGCGCUUGGCAGAGUUCAUGAAAGAUGUUUUAGUGCACCUGUCCGUCAAGUCUUUUCAUGUUGCUGAAUUGUAUGCAAUGACCAAAACGUCUUGUUGGUUGGUGAUGGAGCUUGCUGACAAGGACUUGAGGGUCUUCUGCCAAGAGAGGAAGCCAAUGGGCUGGCCCAUGAAGCUGAACCUACUGCAGCAGGCUUCAGAGAGGUUGUACUACAUGCACAGCCAUGACCCUUCCCUGGUGCAUUCAGAUAUCAAGACCUCCAACUUCCUGGUGUCUGGCAACAAACCCAUCGUAAAGAUUGCAGACUUUGGGCAGACACGGGAAUACACCAAUACUUUAAAGUUCAGUGUGCGGAAAGCAGGUGGGACGCGUGAGUACAAGCCUCCAGAGGUGUACGAGGGUGAAGUCCCUUCACUGCCAUCUGAUGUUUACAGCUUUGGCAUAGUGAUGUAUGAGGUAGUCACUGGCAGGAUGCUGUAUGAGGUCAAGGGGCUAGGUCGGCAGCGGAGUGAUGCUUAUAUUAUCAAUGAAAAGCUCCAAGGCGAGCCACCCUGCGAGCUGGGUGUGAACGAUUGCCCAAAAGAGAUGGAGGAACUCAUGCAAGAGUGCAUCCAGCUGGAUCCAAGGAAAAGGCCUGAAAUGCAAGAAGUGUGUGACAGGCUGAAGCAAAUGCCGAUUGCCUGUGGAGAAAAGAACUCUGUGGAGUACCUGCAUACCAUCGUUGAUUCUGCACGUCAGCAGUUGCAUUAUGUGCAGUACAACGAGAGAAUUCUGUCUUUCUUAUUCCAGCAGAUGGAGUGUGUGAAAGGUCUGAAUGAUCUGCCCCCUGGCAUGUCAAGUGAUGCCUGGAAAACCCUCAAAGGAGCAUUGGAGUCUGGAGAGCGCCUCAUCGAAAAGCACACAUACACAUUUGAUCUGCAUAAGUUUUAUUCAGCUGAUGAGCUGAAAGUGCUUGUGGAACGAUUAUGCACAAGCCUUCAAGAUGCGUGGGGCUCUGUUGAUGAGGAUGGCAGUGUGCCCAUUAGGGCAGGUGCUCCCGAUGGGUAUGUUGCCGAGGACAGAGAAUUCUUGAACACCUGUCUACGUUUUGUUCUUUAUGGCGAGCAGGCUUCAGAGGACAGUGCAGACAUUGGAGAUGAGUGGCAUCAGGUCAGAAAAAAACACAACGAGCAGAUGGAAAACCUGCGAGUCGUUCCAGACAAUGAGAUCGAGUUGGAAGGGGCAGAGGAAAUCGGCACAGGCGGAGAGGGAACCAUUUACAAGUGGUGUUGGCAGGGCAAGAUGGUGGCCGCAAAGCAGUUGCAUCAGAAGGUCAAACACCUGAGGGUCGAACGACUGGCCCAGGUUUUCACCACGGCUGCUCUCAGCGCUUCGAUGCACCAUGGCAACAUUGCGAGCGUGCUGGCUGUGAGUGCAUCGGGCGACACUCUGUUGAUGGAGCUGGCAACGGAAAACUUGAUGACCUGGUACCGUCGCAACAGGAAGGCGUCUUGGAGGUCGAAGGUUGGCGUGAUGUACCAAGCAGCAUCAGGCCUGGCGCACGUGCAUGGUCGGCCAGAGACAAUUGUCCACUGCGAUGUCAAGACCACAAACUUUCUUGUGUUUGGCGAUGACUCACAGGGGGACCCUGUUGUCAAACUCUGUGACUUUGGCACACUCACAACUGGCGCGACUGAUGCGAAGACCACACUGAAACAGCAACCCAGGACACCACUGUACUGUGCUCCGGAGAUCGACAACUGCCAGCCCCACACCCACAAGAGCGACGUCUUUAGUUUUGGGGUGGUGCUGUGUGAAGUUGCGGUACAGCGGGCGCCCUACAGGGGCGGGGAAGGUUUGGCUGCAAAGAUGAAAGAGCUUGGCGAGAUGCUGUGUCGGAUUCCCGCAGAUUACCCAAAGGGCCUGAGAACGGUCAUCAACGAAUGUCUCUCACGUGAGCCAGGGAUGCGGCCAUCCAUGCGGCAUGUAGAGGAGACCUUGCUAAUGGUGUUGCAGGAUUUGGACAGUGCAUGCCGUUGCAAUGGAUCGGAUGAUUGA